AUGGAGGACCCUAAACCAUUGUCAUCAUCUUCAAAAUCAAAAACUGCUGUUUUGGAUUCACCCCUUCAUUUAAUGGGUUUUGAAAUCGAAGAAUUAUCACCCCAAAAACUCUCUGGCCGUCUCCUUGUCACUCAGAAGUGCUGCCAGCCAUUUAAGGUGCUUCAUGGAGGGGUUUCAGCAUUGAUAGCAGAGUCUUUGGCAAGCAUGGGAGCACACAUGGCUUCUGGGUAUAAAAGAGUGGCUGGAAUUCAACUCAGCAUAAAUCAUUUGAAACGAGCAGACAUGGGUGACUUGGUCCAUGCAGAAGCAACUCCUUUAAAUGUUGGCAAAACAAUUCAGGUGUGGGAGGUGAGACUCUGGAAGAUUGAUCCUUCAAACAAAAUAAACAGAUCCUUGGUUUCAUCUUCUAGGGUAACUCUACUGACCAAUAUGUCUGUCCCAGAUCAUGCAAAAGAUGCUGCUGAACCGCUAAAGAAGUUCGCAAAACUGUAA